CUCGACUUUCUACAUACUACCACUUCUACAACACUAUCCAACAAUGAGCAACAUCACCGUCGGUGUCCUUGCUUUGCAAGGCGCUUUCUACGAACAUGUGCAAUUGCUGAAGCAGGCCGCGACCACUGCCUCGGCCAACGACAAUGUUUCCAAGGCACAAUGGGAGUUCAUCGAAGUCCGCACCCCGCAGGAAUUGGCCCGGUGCGAUGCGCUCGUUCUGCCCGGAGGCGAAAGCACCACAAUGUCCCUCGUCGCGGCACGGUCCAAUCUCCUGGAGCCUCUGAGGGACUUCGUCAAAGUCCACCGCAAGCCAACUUGGGGAACCUGCGCCGGCCUGAUCCUACUCGCUGAGUCGGCGAACCGAACGAAGAAAGGCGGCCAGGAAUUGAUCGGAGGUCUGGAUGUGCGCGUGAACAGAAACCACUUCGGCCGGCAAACAGAAAGCUUCCAGGCGCCACUGGAUUUGCCCUUCUUGGGGCCUGACGAGCCCGCUUUCCCAGCCGUCUUUAUUCGCGCCCCGGUUGUGGAGAAGCUUCUCCCACACCACGAGGGUAUCCAGCUGGGUGAGGCCAAGCUAGAUGACACCGUCGUGGCACCUUCUCGACACGCGGAGAGCGAGGCAGCCCUGGCCGCCAUGGAGGACCAUGUGCAGGUGCUGGCCACUCUACCUGGAACAGCCGCCAAGAUAGCCUGCGAGUCUGACCCAGAGAAGGAGACGGGUGACAUCAUCGCUGUCAAGCAAGGCAAUGUCUUCGGGACCAGUUUCCACCCCGAGUUGACGGCGGAUGCCAGAAUCCACCUGUGGUGGUUGCGCCAGGUCGAAGAGUCGGUCCGGAAGAGAAACGAAAAGCACUGAGAGGAUGCUUUGCAUGAAUGAAAAUGCCAUUGAGCAUCGUUCUUGCCGCCGCAUGGGGUAUUGGGUACGAAAACUUCUUUGGACAUGCCUUUCUUUACACCAAGCGAUAGCGAUAGAAAAUAGAUUGUACAUAAACGCCGUAUUUGCGCCAACCGGAUGGAACCA